AUGGCAAGUGGAUUCAUUCCUUUUCUGGCAAUGGCUUUUGUGCAGCUGGGAUAUUCGGGCAUGAAUAUCAGUUCAAAGCUUGCAAUGCAAUCUGGCAUGAACCCUAUUGUCCUUGCUGCUUAUCGCCAAAUCUUCGCCACACUUGCCAUCGCUCCCUUUGCUUAUUGCUUCGAACGCAAAAAGGUCCCCAAGUUGACCAGACCCAUUAUGUUCCAGAUAUUGCUUUCUUCCUUAACUGGAGUAACAGGAAACCAAGUAUUUUUCUUCCUGGGGCUGAAAUAUUCAACCACUACAAUAGCAUGCGCAAUGACAAAUAUGCUCCCGGCUUUCACCUUCAUCCUUGCGCUUGUUUUCAGGCAAGAGUACCUGAGAAUAAGGGCAUGGAGUGGGCAAGCGAAGAUAGCAGGGACUGUAUUGUGUGUGGGUGGAGCCUUGGUAUUGUCAUUCUACCACGGAAAUGCCAUUGACAUCGGUGAAUCGAAUAUUCACUGGGAAUAUGCAGAGAGAAUGGGAGCAACAAACUCCUUUGUCAGUGACAACACGUUUCUUGGCCCUUUCUUCUUAAUUGCUAGUGCUCUCGUCUGGGCAGUGUGGUUCAUCGUCCAAGCGGACCUGGGAAAAAUUUUCGCAGCUCCGUAUACGAGCACGACCUACAUGUGCUUCUUGGCAAGCUUCCAGUGCGUGGUCAUUGCUUUGUGCUUUGAUCACAGCACCUCAGCUUGGUCUCUCGCCAAUCCCAUCCGAGUCAUUUCUGCUCUUUAUUCGGGAGUUAUUUGCACUGGAGUAGCGUAUGGGCUCAUGUCGUGGACUAUUGAGAGGAAAGGUCCUCUUUAUGUGUCCGUGUUCACCCCCUUGCAGCUCGUCAUCACUGCUUUUAUCAGCUGGGCUCUGCUUCGCGAGGAAAUAUACGUCGGAACUGUUAUAGGGUCGCUGCUCAUAGUCUUGGGACUCUACUCUGUUUUGUGGGGGAAGAACACGGAGAUCGCCAAGAAAGAGGAGAACGAAGAUAUAGAAGCAGCGGUGGAGAAGAAGGGGAAAGAGGCGAAGAAUAACGACUCGGAAUUGCAUUCCUUAGUGGUGUCUUCAAACGGGAAUAAUGAGUUCGCUGCGAGUUAG